AUGGGAAGCACUUCGUCCAAAUUCAAGAAGUACCUACAGCAUGGAGAUGAAUUCGCUGCUAUGCAGAUAUACCAGAGUUCGCCGGAGCUCAGGAAAAAUCUGGAUCCGAACCUGAGCUACGGAGAAAAUCAUAAUCACAAUACUGCUCUACAUUAUGCUGCCAAACACGGUAUGAAGCAUUUGCUUAGGACCUUUCUCAAUGACCUUGGUGGUAACCCGAACAAGAAGAACGGUCUCAACGAGACUGUCUUGCAUGCCGCUUGUCAACUCAACCAGACUAAAAGCUUCAGCGCUCAGGAGCGAAGAGCAGCUUGCGUCCAGCUGCUUCUAUACUGGAAGGGGGUCGCACUCAAUGAUGGGGGACGGGAGAAGGUUGAUUUAGCUGCGCAAGAAAGAGAGGGAAAUACUGCUUUACAUUGGGCUGCUCAGACAGGAUUGAAACGGUGUGUGGAAUUACUGUUGGCCCAUGGAGCUCCACUUUUUGUGGAGAACAAUGACAGGUUGACACCAUGCGAUUUGGCCAUGAGAGGUUCUUAUCACGAUAUAGCAAUGUUACUGGAAAGCAGAAUGGUUUUCGCUGAGAACGCUGACUUGGUCAAUGAGGAUGAAAUAAUCAACGAGCAUGAAGUCUACAGUGGUCUCAGAAGUCAAGACUUGCAAGAAGCCAAAGACCAGCUACUUGUGGAUACAUCUGAUAUGCUCAAGAUUCCACUGUUCACUGCAGAAGCUCUGUUGAGGAAUAAUGAAUGGUCCAGAGAGCUUUUACUGGAAAAGUGGAUGAAAGAUCCGGGAGAGUGCUGCCAGUUAGCAGGAGUUCAAGCACCUUCAACUGUUCUACACCACGCCUCCUCGAUUGAGUCUAGCAUUUCUACUGAAACCAACACAGUGGGAGAUGUAGACAUAAUGUGCGAAAUCUGCCUGUCGGCCAUUCCUGCUACCGACCUUCGCCCUGUCAGCGUCUCCUGCCGGCACUCGUUCUGCCGGUCCUGCUGGCGGCGCUACUUGGAGACGCGGAUCCUAGAUGGCGACGCGCACCACAUCCUCUGCCCCGCUUACCAGUGCCACAUCCUGGUACCCGUCGAGUUAAUAGAGAGGCUGGUCACUCCGGAGAUGGCCAGGAGGUACCUGCAGUUCGAUAUCAAGGCCUUCGUUGAGAGCAACAAGAGUAUCAAAUGGUGCCCUGUGGCAGGCUGUGGUCGAGCGGUAAGACUCCCAGAAGCCGAACAAACCAUCGCAGAUGGGCGUGGACUUAGAAACGUCAACAAGAAGAACAUCCCGGUGACGUCACACGCCGUCGAUUGCGGAAAUGCUCACUUCUUCUGCUGGGAAUGCUUGGGAGAGGCACAUGCUCCAUGCGGGUGCAAGCAAUGGCAAGAAUGGCAAAUGAAAAUCAAUGAAGUUAAGCCGGAAGAACUGAAGGCCUCUUGCAGUGGUUCAGAAGAUGCUGCCAACUGUCUAUGGCUGGUGACCAACUCGAAACCUUGUCCCAACUGCAAGAGUCCCAUUCAGAAGAAUGAAGGUUGCAAUCACAUGAAAUGUUCGAAGUGCAAGUUCGACUUCUGCUGGGUAUGCCAGGAGUCCUGGAAGCGGCACAGCUCGGCGACGGGUGGCUACUUCCGGUGCAACCGCUUCGAGGCCGUGCGAAAAGCAGACGAGCAGCAGGGCUCGCUGAUCAUCGAGGCCACGGACAGGAACAACCAGAUGCAGGAGGUGUCGCGUUUCCUGCACUUCUACACGCGGUUCAGGAACCACGAGAACAGCCAGAAGCUGGAGGAGCCGCUGCUGACGAGCGUCAAGAAGAAGAUGGGCGUGCUUGCUGGCAGUUUGGUGCACAAGAAAGGGGAAGAGUUGGGUGACAAAUGCACCAAAUUCAUAGAGGAUGGAGUUAGAGAGCUAUUGAAAGCUAGAAGAGUGCUAUGUGGUUCUUAUGUAUAUGGGUACUACUUAGAAGACGAUGGAUACAAUAAAACAAUUUUCGAAUUCAUGCAAAAUGAGCUAGAAGAGGUGACUGAAAAACUAAGUGAGAUGAUAGCCAGACCCUACCUACGCACACCCAAGACUGUGAUAGUACAAACCUCAGCUCUAGCAAGAAGAAAAAGACAUGAAUUUGUCAGAGCCGUAGCUCAAGGACUGAUACCCCCUGAAACCCCUCCCAUGCAAAGAAAGCGAAAGAAGAGAUACCUCGAUUCGGAUCUCUCUCAGACUUGUGCAUGGCUGAAAGACUGCGAAUGGCCUGAAUACGAUACAGACGAAGAGACUGACCUGAGCAUAGCUCAUAAAAGCGUCCCCUACACGCAAAGUUCCCCUAACAAGGACCACCAGUGUGGUCUGCUGUGCAGCAGGAGCUGUGGACGAUCAGAGUACAACAUGGAGCUUAUCAUCGCCCUGGAGAUGUCCAGGCUGCAGAUGAUCGAAGAUAGGAUGAAGCAGGUGCAGGCGCAAGCGCAAAACAAUCCGAAUAUUGCCGUCACUCCCGAUCCUAGCUCUAGUAUCUCCAACAACAGCACUGAAAGCACCGAUGACCAGCUGAAGUUGGCUAUACAGCUCAGCUUGCAGGAAUCGACUGCGACGCUGAGCAAGCAAAUUCAAGCUGAGGAGCAGAGGAGUCUUCAGAGAACCAACGCUGAAAUAACGGUGGACUACUUCCUGAAGUCUCUAGCGAAUCACAAGAUCGAUUUCAAGUCGUUGGAUAGGUAUGGUAACGAAGGGGACAAAGAACUUUGUUUCAAGCCUUGCAGAGGUAAUGAGGAUGGGAGGUUUCAGAUUUCUGAUAUACAUGAAAACGGUUUCGCUUUCGAAGACGCUGAUGAGUAUGAUAGUGACGUACGUCUGAAGAGAUCUCAUUCCACAGGUGAUCUUUGCGUUAGAAGAAACGGUCGUGGUACUAGAGUGAGGAUGAGUGGUGAAGAACCAAGAUAUCAUUUGGACUCGGACCAUAGUAGCCAACACGAUGACAAGCCGGAAGAUAUGGUACGUAGACUGCUAGCACUGCCAUCUACCUCAGUACGUACGAAACAAUUCUUGCUGUUGCACACUUCGUAUCCUGAAGAGGAAAGUUACCAGGGUCAGAGUUCUGUAGAGGAUACCACUACUUCUGAUUCGAUCAAUGCCGAUAUGGAAGUGUGUGGGAUUCUGAAUUCUAUCACUGAUGAGGACCUAGGUAGUAAAAGUUACGACGAAGAAAUCAAAAAGACUGAUCAAAUAGCCAAAAUAUCCGAUUGCAAAAAGCAAACUCACAACCCCUUCGCUACCCUAAAAGCUAAAUUGUGUUCAGCGCAUUUACCGAAAACCAGCUAUCUAACCAGGAUAGCUGUGAACAAGAGCAUAGGCCUGUUAGGUGACGGCAAAUCGAAAAAAUGUUGUGAUAAAACCGAAAAGAAGUGUCACGAGGAGAAGAAACGCUACGACGAUAAACAGUGUCACGAAGAAAUCAAACAGAGGGUGGAACCAGAACGAGGCAUAGUACGGAAAUAUGUGGUGGGAAGCGAAUGCAAGAGCGAGAAACAUAGUCCCAAGAAACACCAGAAGAGCUGCAAGCGAAAUAGUUUCUCCAAGUCGACUGGAUUUUUGAUCGAGGAACAAAGAAGAGCUUCCAAAGGGCUGUCCUCGAACCUGCGCAUCAAGAUAUGCAAGAGUCCGCCGAAAAAGACUGAUCACCCCUUGGAGACGGACAGCUCCAACGAGUACGAGAGCGAGACGGGGAUUCCCAAGUCCCCUACCCUGUUCAUCUCAGGCGUCUCGAUAUCGCGAACGCCUGAGCCCAAGUCCCCUGGAAUGAGCCUGGCUCAGGGCGGGCGCACCUCCCGCUCGUCCAGCCUGAGCGUGCCGGCGCCCCUGAGCACGUGCUCGCUCAGCAUAUCCAGCACCAGCCUGAGCAACUCGAACUCUUUGCCGCCGGAGCCGUUCACGCCUUCGUUGGUCAGGUCCACCACGCCAAUGUCUUCAAGGUCGAAUAUCCACACACCCAGUACUAGUCCCUCGAAGUCUACCAAAGAAAACGGAAAAUCCAAGAGUGCCAGUGAACCGGAAAGGGAAAGGGAAAUGUUCAGGUUCCCGAAAUCUUCUACAGACGGGGCACUGAGUUCGGUGCUUCACGUGCAAGAGUCGAAUUUGAGCUCGGACGACUUCCACGAGGCUUUGUUUUUGUUGGAGAGGUCGCCUAAGACUAGGGACUCGAAAAGAAAGAAGAAGUCGAAGAAGAAAGAGAAGGACGACAAAAAAGAAGACCAGAGCUCCGUUCUGUAA